GCAGUGGCCCCGGUGGCCCCGGCCCCCGACCGCGUCUGCAGGCCCCACCAGCUGUACGUCAGCUUCCGGGUCGUGGGUUGGCACGACUGGAUCAUCUCCCCGCGCGGCUUCAUGGCCGACUCCUGCCGGGGCUCCUGCCCCUUCCCCCUGGCCACCCAGCUCAACAGUGUCAACCACGCCAUCCUGCAGUCCCUGAUGCACUCCGUGGCCCCGCCCAGACAGCCCCUCCCCUGCUGCAUCCCCCUCGGACUCUCGUCCAUCUCUGUGCUCUUCUACUCAGUCGACAACGUGGUCCUGAGGCACUACGAGGAUAUGGUGGUGGACGAGUGUGGGUGCAGGUGGGCCGGGGCCCUGGGAGAGUAGGGGGACGGGGGCAGGGGUGCCCUGGCCUGCUGUUGCCGGAGGCAAACUGUAGGUGUAAGCUCUCCUGUCACAACACAGACCCUGACUAAUAAAACAGCUGUUUUGGUUUUUCCUGUC